AUGCUGAACUACGGUUUGUAUGGCCGUUGUGCUCCGAACUUUUCUCAGACGCCGUCCAAGGGUGAGCUGCCAAAGGCUGACCCGACGGCUACAUUCGACUACGGCUACUGCAUCACCCGAUAUUCAUGGCUGCCAAUCUUGGGCAUGAUCGUUUACCUGAGCAGCUUCUCCGUAAAAACUCAACCGCAACAACAUUACCUCAUUUACAUACAGAAUUCAGGUCUUGGACCCAUACCGUGGACAAUCAAUGCUGAAAUAUAUCCUAACUGGGCUCGCAGCAUAGGAAAUUCUGCCUCUACGUUCACCAACUGGACUUUCAACAUACUUAUAUCUUUCACGUUCUUGACGCUCAGUCGGGCCAUUACUCGACAAGGGGCGUUUUUCCUCUAUGGCUGCAUAUGCGUUGUGGGUUUGAUAUUCUUCUAUUUGCUUGUGCCAGAAACAAAGGGCAUGCGCAUCGAAGAUAUCGAAGAAUGUCUGCAGACGUCAUGGAUAUACAAAAGCAAAAAGUCUGGCAAACGUUCGAUGAACCUGAACAUCGUCUAUCCGGAGAAAAGUUCCCAUGCUGCAAAUCCUCCGGGGACACCUGAGCUCACAAUAAUGACUUCUUUUUAA